CAUAGGCUUCAGCCGCAAACAGGUGCGAGGUCCGUUGCAGUCAGACGAGGGUUUCUGGCCGUCCGAAAACAUGAUGAUGGACGCUGCCGUGGUCAUCUUCUUGCUGUUCUGUAAGUUCUGUUUGGUGUCGACAAAUGGAGAAAGCACAGCUUACCAGCAAGCCCCUCUAGUGUAUAUAGGGAUUUUCACCAAUGGUCCCCCAUACAUCGAGUCAAGCGCUCCACCUUCGCCCCACGGACCUCCCGGAUACUACAGUCUACAACAAGGUUACGCAGUUUACCCUAAUGUACAAGAAGGGUACUCUGUUUACUCCGGUCCACCGCAAGGGUAUCCUACUUACCCCAAUCCGCAACAAGGCUAUCAUGCCUAUCCCAAUUCACCACAGGGGUACCGUCCGUACAGAGGCCCGCAGCAACAGUUUCCUGGCUAUAAUGGCCCACCGCUUGGUCACCCUGGUCAACCGAGUUUUGGAGAACGGUAUCGUGACCCCAACAAAACCACAGGUCCACCAAAACCAAUUGAUCGAGGUGGUACAUGGCGUCAGCUUCAGGUCAGAACACCAAAAGGUACAGCGCCAGGACGUGUCCCUUCACCUCCACAUCAAUUCCAACACCGCAUGGGACGCCAUGUAGCAUCACCACACCAGUUUGCCAAGGGGGAACAAGGUCGUCCAAGUGGUCCAAUGUCCUUUCAAAGACAAAAGGAACCGCGUGGACCAGUUGCUGCUCAGGGACAAAGGCUUCCAUACGCCCCAACGAUAGCCCAAGCACAUGGCCAGCCGUAUGGGCCAGUUGUUGCUCAAGGACGAAAGCUUCUACACGGCCCAGCGAAAGCUCAAGGAAAAAGUCUGCCGCAGGGACCAGUGACUCCCCAUGGACAAAGGCGUCCCCGUGACCAAAGUUCAUCCCAACUAGAAAGGCGACCGUACGGCCCACUGGAUACUCAAAGACAAAUGGUUUCAUACGGCCCAAAGUCACCGUAUAGGCCAGUUCAUACACAAAGUCAAAGGCGUCCAUAUGGCCCAGUAACAGCAGAAAGAGAAACGAAACAUUACCUGUCAAUGGCUACGGAUGGGCGAAAGCGUCAAAAUGACCCAAAUUCAGCACGAGUGGAAAGGCCACCAUACGGCCCAAUGGGUACUCAAGAACAAAGAAUUUCAUAUGGCCCAAACUUACCCCAAGAAAAAAGGCAACUGUAUGAGCCAGUUCCCACGCGAGGUCGGAGAAGUUCAUACGUUCCGGUUCAGGUCCAGGGAGGAAGGCAGCUGCAUGGGCCAAUGGAUACCAGCGGGAGAAGGCGUUCCAACGACCCAAGUUCAGCCGAAAUCGAAAGGCAACCGCACGGCCUAAUGGGUACCCGAAAACAAAUGACUCAUUUCGGUCCAAGGUCACCUCAACAGUACAGACUAGUUCCCACAGAAGGCCAAAGGCGUCUAUACGGCCCAGCGACAGCUCAAGAAGAAAGGCAACAGUAUGGACCAGUGGCUACCCAAGGGGAAGGGCGUCCCAAUGACCCACGAUCAGCCCAAACAGAAAGGCAACCAUACGGCACAACCAAUACUCAAGGACAAAGAAUUCGAUACGGCCGAAGAUCACCUCAAGAAAAAAAGCAACCAGAUGAGCCACCUCUCAGACCAGGGGAAACGCGUCCAUACGGCCCGGUGUCAGCCGAGAGAGGAAGGCAACUGUACGGGCGAAUGGCUAACCAAGGGGGAAGACAUCCGUACGGCCCACCGUCAGCACGAGCUAGAACACAACCGUACAACUCGCAGCAGGCCGAAGGCUACAUGGGUCCUCGUGGCUUAUUGUCCCAGCAGGCUAAAAUAGGUCCCCAGAGCCCAAGGCAACGAGGAGGGCCAACACUUCCCAAGAGACCAAUGCGCCGCCAGAAUGGUCAACCCUACGAAAGGAGUCCUGGGGCAUUUCAGAGCCAGGAAGGACAGACACAUACACUGUGCGAAAACGGUCCAGACGAAUGCGUCGCGUCCUGUAAGCGCCGCUUCAACGUUUCUGGAACGUGCGAUACGGCCAAGAAGUGCUGGUGUUCAAAUGAUUCUUGAAUGAAGAUAACCAAAAUUACAGCAGUAACAAUAAAGUGAAGUCUAAUGUCA